GUCGCACGUCACCACCUACACAUGAAUAUGACUUGUAGCAAGAGAACGAGUGUCCUACGAUGAUGUUGCGGCAGGACAGGAAGUCUCGGCAGCAUCGUUCCACCAAGAUCACCGUUGCCGCGCGCCGCCGCCACAUGAAGAUUUCGAUCUGGUCUCAUCUUGUACGGAUAAUAUGUAUUCUUCCGGAUAUUGACGGCCAUUCCAUGCAUUGAUGAAGGACGCUGGAAGCCGAGGUCGCGGCAAGGGAUGGAGGCCGCUGGAAGAACAAGACAUGCUUACUUGCGUGGCCGACAUCGUCCCUGUGGACAGCACCGAAUGGGACGACGUCGCCAUUGCGUUCAAUUUCCACAGACUAAAAGGAGACCGCCGCGACGUAUCUGCUAUCAAGCGAAAGUUCAGACUCCUCUGCACGUUGUCGCCCCACUCAGCUGGGUUGACCAACCGUGACCACAUCGCCCAAGCCAAGCGCAUCCAGAGCGACAUUGACCGAAAGAAGACAUGCUUGCGUAGAGACACGGCACCGUCCGAGCCCCAAGAGAAUGCCACGGCAGCUGAUACGGGAAUUCUCGCAAUACCGAACGACUUGUCGCCGUCCCACAACUCCGAAAAAUCCCCCGUCCCUGCGCCACCUUUGUCAUCACCUGGCGACUCAGCUUCCGCUGCAACUCUUCGACCGGCCCAACUCGCAGCCCUUGGCAGGACAAUCACGACAAAACGGCCAAACAUGCCUCCGACUCGGCGUCAGGUCAUGGAGGCCAUGCGGAUCUUGCAUCCCGACCAGGACACGAACGUCCACGCAGCGCCGACUGACGAAGGCACUGACACCGCCAACGGUAGCAUGCAUCCUGCCGAAGGGCCUGCGGCACGACACGGCAGCCGGUCCUCAGCCCUACACCCACACCGGCCACCCAAACGGCGUCGGAGAAGUAGUGCCUCUGAAGACGACUCGCCCUCGAUCAUGUCGAUGCUGUGGAUGCUGGAAAAGUCAAGGGAAAAAUGGCUGCGGCAGAUUGAAGAGCGAAGGGAGAUGUGGGAAAAGGAGCGCGAAGACCGCCGCGAGGCGCGUCACAUCGAACGAGAGCAGCGAGAGCGAGAAAGGGAGGCCUUUCGGGACCAAAUAGAGUUGCGGCGGGAAGAACGAGCGGCCAAGAUGGACCAGAUCUUGGCUCUAGUCCUGACGAAACUCAUGGGAUCGACGCCGGCCAGUCGAUCGCCCGAGUAAGCAGGACCUACAACCAAGCAUAAUGAAGAGCUCGUUGUCCACCGGA